GAAACUAUGCGCAGACGUGAAAUGUGGUCAUCGAAGCAUCAGUUCAUGAUUCCUCAUGCUCAACAGCUGAUUGCAAUCUGGGCAUUAUACAUGAUUGUUGAAUUAGCUGGACUCAGCGAAGCAAAACCAUCAGGUGGUGUUAACGGAAAAAAUGUAUGUCGUACAGACGCCUGUCAACAAAGAGCUAAAUAUAUACUGGACGGUAUGAACCAAACCGAAGAUCCAUGCACUGAUUUCUAUGCCUACGUGUGUGGAAACUGGAAAAAGUCCCACCAGAUUCCUGAUCACAAGAAUAUGAUAGGACAUCAUGACAUCCUUGCUGAUAAAGCCGAGGAGGACGUAACACCUGUGGACGAGGGAAACAAAUUUGAGGACCUGCUGAAAUUACUAAAGGAGAAAGGAUUUACCAAGUGGCCAAUACUGAAAGGGGAAGAUCCACCUUAUAGUACCUACAAUGAGCUGCUCAAUAAAACAGGUUUUUCGCCACUCAUUCAUUUUCAAGUAUACCAGGACGCUAAAAGAAAUGAAAAAUAUGUGAUAUACCUCGACCGAAUUACGUUUAGCUGGCUUGAUCGAAGCCAGCUGAUUCACCAAACUAAAGAAACCAACAAAAAAAUAGUACAGGCCUACAAAGAACUUAUUAGUACAUCUGUGAAGCUCUUCAGAAGCGAUACAAAUGACAAGGGGACGGAGGCACAGGACGUUUCUGAAGAAAUUUUGCAGUUCGAGGCAAAACUCGCAAAGAUCUCCUUACCGACCGUAAACAGGCGUAACGCUUCAUUGCUGUACAACGAAGCGAAUAUCUCCAUUUUGACCGAAGAGUUUCCAAAGAUUAAAUGGAUGCAAAUACUGAACAGUGUGUUUUCACACGCCAAUAUAACCCUUGACACAAGUGAACGAGUAAUUCUGAUCCAGCCGCAGUAUAUUUAUGAUCUCGAGAAUAUUCUGGAGAACACAAGUUUAUCUACGCUGUAUAAUUAUGUAUACUGGACACAAAUUCGGACACAUGGAUCUGUGGCGUCCAAGACGUUUGAGCAGUUAGCAUUUGACUUUAAGAAAGGGGCAUCUGGAGUAAAAACAGACGUUCCGCUUUGGAAGAAGUGUACCUCGGCAAUAUCAGGCGUAUUGAAACAUGCACUGGGUCGUCUUUAUGUGGAUUAUUUUUUUAAGCCCAAAGCUAAACGCAGUAUGGACCACUUAGUGGAUGUCCUGAACAGUACCUUUGGGGAAAUGCUUGAAAAUAAUACAUGGAUGGAUAAGGAUACUCGUGAGGAGGCAUUAAAAAAGAUUCAAAAAAUGAUUUAUAAAAUCGGUUAUCCUGAUUGGAUUCACAAUGACACGUAUCUUAAUGAACUUUAUGAACAUGUACCUGACAUUUCCUUGAACGACUCAUUUCUGAACGUCUUGCACAGUCUGGAGCAAAAUAACUUUAUUAAAAACCUUAAAAAUUUACGUCAACCGUAUAAUAAGGAAGAUGAGUGGGACGCUGGCGUGGCAAUAGCGAACGCGUUUUACAACUCAAUGACAAACGCUAUCACUUUCCCUGCUGGAAUACUUCAUCCGCCAUUUUAUCAAGACGAUGUUCCUUCAUCAAUCAAUAUGGCAGCAAUUGGCUCUGUCAUUGGCCAUGAAAUUACUCAUGCUUUUGAUGACAACGGAAACCAAUAUGAUGCUGAUGGAAAGCUGAGGAACUGGUGGACAGACGCCGCAAAACAAGCGUUCCUAAAAAGAGCUGAUUGCUUUGUACAGCUGUACAACGUAACUGUAAAAGAAGUCAACAUGACUGUAAACGGAUAUUAUACUCUAAAUGAAAAUAUGGCUGACAACUCUGGUUUAACAGCAGCCUAUCUGGCAUGGAAAAAGUUCAAUGAUACGGAACAACUCCUUCCUGGUCUAGAACACUUAACGGGAGACAAGCUGUUCUUCGUUUCGAAUGCCAAUGUCUGGUGCCAGAACAUCAGGGAAGAAAGGCUGCGACAUGAUCUGUACAAUGACAACCACAGUCCUACCAAAUAUCGAGUGAACCUUCCAAUGGGAAAUUCUCAAGCUUUUCUGGAUGCAUUCAGCUGCGGCCCCUGUUCACCCAUGAACGUUAAAAAUAAGUGCGUUGUGUGGUGA